AUGGUUUCUCCAAAGUGGCCAGCACCACUCUUUAGUGGGAAGCUACGCAAGAUCUUGGAUCGCAGCGUCACACCAGACCCAAGCAAAGACACCAACAAACAAACCGAGAUACCAGAAGAAACAACACCACAAACAUCAUCAUCAGUCCCUCACCACCCUUCAACGCAUCUCCAGGAGCAUCAUCCCUCACUCACCGAGACCAAUUCCCAGGCGGCCUUCAGCCACGCAUUGCGCCAUGAAUUCAACGACUUGUUCUUCUUUGCCUGCAACCAGACAGUCUCAGGCGAAAACGUCCUCUUUCUGCAUCUCGUCCAGUGCUGGAAAGCUUGCUGGUCCUUGAUCUCGCUUGACACGGACAGUAAUAUCUGCACAAAGCGUGCUGAUGCAGAGUGUCCGCUGCGCCGGAAGAUUUUCUCAGUGGCUGUUGAGAUGUACUACGAUUUCGUCAACCCAUCUACUGCGUGUAAAGUGCCGUUGAAUCUCGAAUACGGGCUUGCGGCUACCCUCGACACUGUUUUUGGGGACGCAGCAAUGUCCAUACCGACAAGCGUCCAGCAUGAGCGGACUGUCGUAGCGCCAUUCAUGGUCCUGGACAGAGAAGACGGCAUAAUCGGCUAUCAUGAUCUCCUUGGCCUGUGGUGGGACCUUGUCAGCAGCACUGAUGAAACCAACAACAACGAAGACCAUUUGCAUGAAAAGCCACUGCCAGCUCUGCCAGCCAAUACAACCACAGCUGACUCGUUUCGCCUGCUAAAAAUGAAAUCCCGCGUGUCAAAAACGGCUGCCAUUCCAGAAUCGUUUUGCAAAAGCAUUUUUGAUAAUGUCGAAUCCAGCGUGCAUUUUAUGGUCCUUCGAGACACGUUUCCCAAAUACAUCUCAUGGUGCAAACUGAAAGAUAUUGAAAGCGGAAGUUCUAUCAAAGCUGGGGGAAAGCUCUUGGAAAAAAAAAAGGGAGGGAUGGGGGCACCUGUAGAUACAAUCAAUUCUGAUCUGAAGAUGGCAGGUUGA